AUGACGCUACGUUUGUUUAUACACUACAAAAAAGCCGAUGAAACUCCAAAGGACAUAUUCACAAAAUCACACAAGGAUCUCGUCAAACAGUGUGGUGAAUGGCUCACCACCACCUCAAACUCGUGCUCUGUGGUGGCUGCACUCAUUGCAACUGUGGCCUUCUCCACCGCAAGCUCCGUGCCCGGUGGCAAUUCAAGCGAAGGUAAACCAACGCUCGAGAACCAGCCUGCCUUCGACGUCUUUGCCAUCGCAUCACUGGUUGCACUGUGCUUCUCUGUGACUGCCUUAGUAAUGUUCCUCGCCAUCCUCACCUCUCGGCACCAAGAGAGGGAUUUCCGUACAAGCUUGCCAAGGAAACUUUUGUUGGGUUUAACUUCACUAUUCGUAUCAAUGACUGCAAUGCUCGUAUCUUUCUGUGCUGGACACUUCUUUGUCCUCAAAGAUGAACUGAAGGUUGUGGCAAUCCCGUUUGAAAUGAUACCAGACCCUGACCUUUCUAGACACCUUCUACUUGAACAGUAUCAGGCCCAACUAGUAUCUGCUGUCUGCACUGCAUUAGGCACGUCCUCUGGCCCUAUUCUUUUGGAGGCAGGCUUGCAGUUGGCUACAAAGAUACUAACGAAUGGGAUAAUUAGUGGAGAUCAAAUUGCAGUUAAGAGAAUAUUUUCAUUGAUAUCACAUCCACUGAACAACUUUGAGGAUCUUUACUAUCCAUCAUUUGCAGAAUGGGUAUCAUGCAAGAUCAAAAUAAGACUUUUAACCGCCCAUGCCUCUCUCAAAUGUUAUACAUAUGCCUUCUUGAGGAAAAAACAUGAUGGGGUUCCAGAUGAGUAUCUAGCUCAAUUACCAUUAUUUUCAGAAAGUUCAAGUGUACUGGGGAAGUACUGGAUCUCAAUUUUAAAUGACUACAGUUGUGUCUGCUUCAGAUUGCAUCUUAAACAAAAAUGGAAACCAUUCCUUGAUGGAAUUCAAUCACCUCUGGUUUCAACAAAGUUGCAGCCUUGUUUAGAAGAAGCCUGGCCUGUAAUCUUACAGGCAGUUGCACUGGAUGCAGUUCCUGUGCAUUUUGACAUGAAUCUAUCUUCCCAAACAACUGAGAAUAACUCAAAUAAUACCUUCAUCUCUGGAUACAGCAUGGUUCAAUUGAAACCAGAAGAAUUUCAAUUUCUGUGGGGCUUUGCUCUACUUGUUCUAUUUCAGGGACAAGAUCCAACCCUUUAUAAACAUUUGAUAUGCCUGAGUUCUGCUAAAGCCAAAUUUGGUGGUGACUCUCCAGUUGAAGAUACAAACCCUCUGGCUUUGAAGUUAUAUGAGAUUGUGUUACCAGUGUUCCAGUUACUCUACACAGAAAGUGUCACCGUUCAAGGCCCACCACAGAGCUUUUACCUUGUUUAGCAUGGGGCCUUCUCUUAAGAAGGGUAGGUAAUGGGUACUUUGACAUGUUUUUUGUUUGAAAUUAUCACUUUAUUUUCUUCUUUGGAACAUGUGUGUGUGUAUAUUAUAGAUGAUCAGGGUAAAUUAUAGGCCACUAAGUUACUUAA